CUUUAACUGCUCCACGUCUUCCCACUGACAGCAGGCACACUUCUGUGAAGCCGUUUCACUGUUCAUGGGUACAACUUGGCAAUAAGCAGCACUGAAGAGAAUUGCUUAAUAAGCACUUUUUAAUUAAAUAGUUUAAUUUUCAAUUAAUAGGCAAAUACUGGGUUGACAUCCUGUUAGAGGUAUGAACUUGCAUUACUAUAGUGGAUUAAGCAGCCUUCUGCAGGGCUGCAUGGUAGCCAGAUGUCAUUGACUUCAUGUUUAUUACCUGGGGUUUCCUUGUUGAAAUCUAAAAUACCUCUUUUCAAGCUGUGCUCUUGCUGGACCUAGCAGACUAGACAUGGCCUGAGUGCUGUUGAAAUGCAUCUAAUAAGAGCAGAUGUCUUAAUACUGACUUGCAUGUCUACUUUUAGUAGACUUAUCUGUCAAUAUCUAUGUUAUGUAUAUGUGUCUGUCUAUAGUAUGGGAGUUUCAGGGAAGUACCCAUGAGUAAAGCACAUUGCACCCUUCCAUCUGCUGGAAGGACUUCAUGUUAGCUUGAGCUAAAACUUGAGAUUUGCCCCCAGUCAGAUUCAUGUUCCCACACUUAGCUUGAAUGGGGAAGGAAGGAGCCAGUGCUUGAAGCCAUGCAUUUCUUAGUUUCACAGGGAGGAUGCAGCAGCUUGAGUUAACUUGUUGGCUGUCACCCUAGUCACUGAGUUGCAGUGCAGUUGCUCUUAUUCAACUAGAUUAUCCUAAAUAGAGUAACUUGGAAUAGCCUAACUAAAGGUAACUCUUGCAAUGAAUACAAGCUCCCAUUCUUGUCCUGGUUCCUGUGUGUGUCUGUUAAGGAACUAGGACAAUACAAGUUGUCCAAUAUCAGUAAAUGAGAUGCAUAUUCCUUCUGGCACAAGCAGUUCUCAGAAUGGACUACAUGUUGUACAUGCUUUCCUUGCUGAACAGAGGCCUUCCAAGUUUUCCCAACCACCUACCUGAACAGCAGAAUACCCAAAUAUGUCUUGGAAAGAUGGCAGGAAGGGAAGUGCUGGCUAGCAAUAGUAGCGUGUAAUGCCAAAAAUGUGUUCAGAACUGCCUUUUACCCAUGCCUACAAGAGAAGGCAAGGAUUUCUUCAGGUGACAUAUUUUAUUGGACAAAUUGCAUAGUUGGGAUAGCAUUAGAUAAGCUGUUGAAUGCAAGACAUUCUUCAAAAAAUGGGAAACAUGAUGCACUUUGCUGUUGGGGGAGAGGGGAACCACAUAGUGAAAACUGAAAGGCACAAUAAACAUGAAAUGUGUGAAAUGCUGUUCUAUGUACUAUGUAUGAAAGAGAAUGUGAUCUCUCAAAUAACAGGACUCUGCACUAUUUAUGUUGUCCUCUUGUGUAAACCGCUUGAGUUUCUUCAUUCUACUGUAACCUGUCGCUUGCUUUCUGUGUUUCUUUUUGAUAGUGAAAAUUUUGGACUCUGGUUCAUUCAACAGGAUGGCUUUCUAACCUUCAAACAGCCACAGCUAGCAAAUGGAGUGAGAAAAACAGCCAAAGGCCAGUGAGUUCCAGGGGAAGUGCAACACAAACGAAAGUUUGGCCUGCUCUAAAGCCUGCCAUUCAGGAGCAGUUGGUUUGGACCCUAGGAGGUAGGAAUAGAAGGCUAUUGUGACAGGAGAUCAGAGUAUAAAAAGAAAAGUGAAGUUGCCAGUUGUCCACUACGUGGAAGGCUUCAAAGUGGUUAGUUGGUUUAUGCUACAUCUCGCAGGCCUGAAAUAACUAUGUGGUAUUCUACCUGCAGAGAGCUUAACACCCUGGUCUGAUUGUGAACAAAAAAAAUUGUUUGCCAUCUCUUCCUGGAAAAGAGAAGAGGAUAUUCCUGGAAAUUGCCAUUAGAGGGGUGUGUCUGAGCCUCAGCAAUCUCAAAUGGCUGACAAUGAUUAUUUUUUCUUCCUCCCACUUCAGACCAGGUUUUCUUGCAUUUGCCUUACUUGUCAGCAUUUUGCUUCCAUUGCUAUAUGAACGCUUACGUUCAUAUAGGUAGUUUGUCAUGCCGAAGAAAUCAGCUCCAUAUCACAUGGAAAAUUGUUAGGACAAGAUGUGUGCAGGCACAAAAUCCACGCAUCCACUUCUGACAGGGUGACUAAAAGGCUUUUGGCCCUGCAAACCCCCUAUCCCCAGCCAGUAAAUAAAAUAGUAAUACAGUAAUCAUACAAUUGAGUGGGUAACUUUAAAGCUUUUUGUGGUGUUAAUGUCUCAUUUUGGAGUGGAGGGGCACAACAGCCAGCACCACAGGGAUUUAGCUGCAGCUUCAAGCUCAUUUGUUGCAUCUCCACAGUGCUAAAACAGCUCCCUUUUUCAGACUUUUUUUUCCUUAGUUAUAUUCAUUAGUCAUCACAGUUGAAUGUUGCCCCUGCAGGGAUGUUGGCAGCCCAUGUUCUCAGUCCAUGCCGAGCCCAACGCUGUUCUUGUUGCAUCUGCUUCUGCCUUUGAAAUAACCCAGUAUAGGGAUGCAAAAUGCCUAGCUUGAGCCUCCUGCAUCCUCCCAGGCUAAAUGGGGCUUUGUGAACAGCAGUGAGAGCAGCCAAUGAGCUCACGGCAGGGCGGGGAGGCUCUGUGGGAAGAGGACCUGAUAGCCUAGUUCAUUUCUCAGCAACUGCCAGUGACCAAAGGCAAGAUUGCUCCCUGUCUGCAAGGGCGGAAGUAAAAGUGCAAGCAAGAGAGGGUGAGGGGGAAGGUAGUGCUGAAGGCAGGUGAUGCUGCUACUGCAGGAGAAACAAAAACAAGUGGCUAAAAGAGGAGGUCCCAGAAUGGAAGAGACAGCUGGGAUUCAGUGUGGAGACUCCAAGAAUGGAAAGGAGGUAGAGAAAGGAUGGAGCUUCUGGAGUUACCACCAUGGGGCCCUCUCCAGCUUCCUGUCCAUCCUGGCGACAUUUCCCAUCCACAAGACUAUCUUCCGCCAGCAGAUCCACGCUUUCUCCAUCCACAAAGCAGUAUGCCAGCUGCACCGUGAGGGCCUCUGCUGCCUCUACCGGGGCAUUUUGCCACCACUCAUGUCCAAGACGCUGCAGGGAACCCUGAUGUUUGGCACCUACGACAGCUUCCUCAGUUUCCUCUCCAGCAACACAUCCGACUCCUAUGUGCUGCCACAGCGGUGGGCAGCAGGCUUCUUCUCUGGCUCAAUGGAGGCCUUGGUCCUGAAUCCCUUUGAACGGGUCCAGAACAUCCUGCAGGAUGGACGGAAAAACAGCAGGUUCCCAAAUACCCGCAGCAUUCUGCAGGAAUUCAACUCCUAUGGCCUGAAGGAAAGGCUUGUCAUAGGCUACUACCGGGGCCUUGGCCCCGUUCUGCUGCGGAACAGCCUGGGUAGCGCCCUGUACUUCUCCUUCAAGGACCCCCUCCGUGACAGCCUGUCCAACAAAGGUCUGCCAAGUUGGCUGCCUGCCCUAGUGUCCGGCAGUGUCAAUGGGACCUUGACCAGCCUCAUGUUGUACCCUCUGACUGUCCUCAUUGCCAACAUGCAGUCGCAGGUUGGGGGGCACGAGGUCCUCAGCCUGUGGAAGUCUAUGCAGUCUGUCUGGCAGUCGCGUGGGAGGAAGCUAACCCUUCUAUACCGGGGUGGGUCCCUGCUUGUCCUGCGGGCAUGUCCAACAUGGGGCAUCACCACUGCCAUCCAUGACUUCCUGACAGAAAAUGCUGGGCGUGACAGGAGAGGCUAGUCAUAAGCCUAGCGUUUCGCAGACCCUGUACAGGCACUGAGGGCCUGGUGCCUCAAUCUGGCUGAUACCAGCCUGUUUGCAAAGAGGCCCUGAAAUUUGCAGUCAAUAAAACCUUUUAACUUACAAACUUAACUUUCAAUUGAUAAAAGAAAGAUCACACUGUCAGUACCACCAAGGAGAAGCUCAGGGAAAACUACUGCUCUAACCAGUCUGAAGGUGGCUUAUUCAGCGAUAGCCCAGCCAUGAGUGUUUUAGGGGCUGUGGUCAAACUGAACAAACCACUCAAGCUGCUUACAGCCCAGCUUCAGCAGGUUCUCCCUGAGCUGGCUGUGGUCUAGCAGUCAGGGUAUAGGAGAGAGGCAAGUGAUUGCUGGUUUGUCCCCAGUUGUGCUACUGAAUUAGUGUAACCUAAAACUAAGCAUCUGACCUCUCCAUACCUUGGUUUCCCUGUUUGUAAAACAUGGGGAUAAUGGUUUUUCCCAAAUAAACUGCUUUGA